CUGUCAAACGUGCCUUAAAACAUUUGGGAUAUUAAUCAGAGAAGAUUUUAAAUUGGUGAUGUGGAAUGAAUUGCGUGUACCAUUUUUAGUAUUAUACUAAUAACUGGGAUAAACGGGUGUUGGGAUUAUAUUUUAAAUUAUAAUUAAGAAUCAUGUUUCAAACAUUAAAUUUUUUAUUGGUUUUAUUUUGUACCAUUGUAUUUGCAAUACCAACACAAGAUGAGAAGAAAGAUCGAGUAAUCAACGAUUUAAGUUCACAAGAACAUUAUCCAAAUCAACAUCAUAACUUAGAAUAUGACCAUGAGGCAUUUUUGGGCACCGAUGAAGCAAAAACAUUUUAUCAAUUAUCGCCGGAGGAAAGUCGAAGACGAUUGGGGAUAAUUGUUGAUAAAAUUGAUAAAGAUGGUGAUAAAAAAAUUACUCAUGAAGAGUUAAAAGAUUGGAUCAAAUAUUCACAGCGAAAAUAUAUAACAGAUGAUGUAAAACGUCAAUGGGCUGUCCAUAAUCCCGAAAACAAAGAAAGCAUUGAUUGGGAAUCAUACAGAAAGAAUGUAUAUUCAUACGCUGAUGAAAUGGAUCCCGAAGAAUUUGAACGCGAAGAAGGUGGUUAUUCAUACAAGAAAAUGAUCAAACGUGAUAGACGUCGUUGGACAAUGGCUGAUAAAAAUGGAGACGAUCUUUUAAACAAAGAAGAAUUCCAGGCAUUCUUACAUCCUGAAGAUACGGAAGAUAUGACUGAUAUUAUUGUUUUAGAAACUAUGGAUGACAUUGAUACUGAUGGAGAUGGAAAGAUUUCAAUGGACGAAUACGUAUCAGAUAUGUAUAAUAAAGGUAGCGAUGAUGAAGUUGAACCUGAUUGGGUGAAAAGUGAGAGAGAACAUUUUACCGCAUACCGUGAUCAAAAUAAUGAUGGAUAUUUAAACGCUGACGAAGUUCGUGAAUGGGUAUCACCAAAAGAUUUUGAUCAUGCUGAAGCUGAAUCGAAACAUUUAAUUUACGAGGCUGACGAAAAUAAAGAUGAAGUAUUAACCAAAGAAGAGAUUUUAGCUAAGUAUGAUUUGUUUGUUGGAUCACAGGCAACUGAUUUUGGUGAAGCUUUAGCACGUCAUGAUGAAUUUUAAUAAUUUUUUUUUACUUAAAUGUAGAUCUGAUUAACGUAGUACUGAUUUUUUUUUACUAAAGCUUUUAUGAUGAAUUUCUAUUACUUUAACGCAUUUUUAGAUAGCUAUUUUAUUGAUGAUACGUAAUCGAUAAUAAUCAAUAUUUUUGAUAAAUUAAAGAGUAUCAUUUUGUAUUGGCUAGAUUCUAGAAUCAGCGGUUAUAAUCUUUAUCUUUGUUAUUUUUUUAAAGAUUUUUUUAUAUUGACUUAUUUUUCAAAUUUUAAAAUUUGGUUACGUUUUUUUUGACUGUCACCAAAAUAAUACGCAAUCGCGUUGUUUUUGUUAGAUAAAUUGAGAAAAUUUUAUGGAAAAUACUAAAUUUUUUGUUUCAUACAACACAUGUGGAUUUUUAAUUGACCAAUAAAACAUGUUUUGUUUAUUGGUCAAGAUUGUUAACCAAAACUGAGUUUCGUUAUUCAAAAUUAUUUUGGAAUCAUAUUCUUGAGCUAGUACAAUGUUAAAAUUUGCCAAAGGAUUUUAUAAUUAAGGAGUCAAAUUAAUGAAGAAGCAAAUAUGAAAUGGGUGUAGUUAGACAUCGAUUGGAGCAUUAAAUUGAUUAAUUUGAGUUGUUUCGGAUACACCUUUUGUAAUAUUUCAACAUUUUUUGCAUUGUAUUUUUGUCUCACCGGUACCGAAAUAAAUUGAGGAGAAAAAACAUAAAUUACAAAAAAAGAUUUUUUCUAAUUUAAACAUCAAAAUGUUUCCCUCUUGGAAAAAUCUCAAAAAUUAAAAUUUCACAUUUGCCGCAUAUUAGAUAAAUUUAAUUAAAAAGUAAAUGCAACAAAGAUCUUGUAUCAAGUAUUUUUGUAUUAAAAAAUGUUUUAGCAACCAUAAAUACGUGCUUAGUAAAAUUUAUUAACCACAAAAAAUUUUAUGUUUAAAAUAUAUUCAAAAGAAACGUAACUUUCAUGAUACUGAAAAACAUUACCAAAAAUUAUUGUGUACCAAAUAAUUGUCCGUAAAAAAUAAACGUAAAAUUAUCUGAAAAAGCGUUAUCUAUUCUGGAUAUUUUAUCUUUUUUUUAUAUUUUUACAAUUUUUAUUUUAUUAUAUAGUCUUAUGUUGAGUACCUUGCAAUGUCUAAUUUUACUUACUAAAAAUUAUAGGAUAUAUUAUAUUUUA